AGGGUUCAACUGGAGCUGCAGUUUAGGGGCGGGGAGAGAGGGAGAGAGAGACAGGGGGAAAGAGGGAGAGAGAGAGAGACAGGGGGAGAGAGAGCUACACUAACCUGAGAUGUUUAUCUGUUAUUAAGCACAUCUUAUUAAUACUUUAGUGCACGUGCAGGGUCUCAACCCUCAGACCAGAACCACUUCCUAAAUAACUUCAUGGACCCUCAUUACCACUUCAGCACAGAUCUACUGUGAUUGGUCUGAAGGUGGUGAUUAGUUCUCUAUAACAGCAGCCCUGACAGUAGCGCAGGUUUAUAUUAAUGUGCUCUUUUUCUAAUAUGUCAUGGUUUCUAUAGCAACAGCCUGUUCACAGGGACGUGUAGGCCUACAGCGGACGCUCCAGUAAUAAUAAACAUAAAUGAUAUGGUGAAGUUUUCUUGAAGUAAGGAGACGUUUAUGUAAGAUGUAUGGAAGGAGUCUCCAGUGUCAGUGCUUUGUAACAGUCAGAGGUAAAGCUGUAACUGGUAGAGGAGUUCCGCGUCUUUAUGGUUUCACGUUAACACGACAAGCUGCGUUCUGGUUUUUGAGAGAGAGAAUAAAGAGAGUAAAGAGAGAGAACGAGUGGGGAACGAGUGUUUAUAGCUGCUAUAAGGUAAGUGAGAACAGGAAGUAACUGACACGUAGAAAUAAUAAUGACAAAAACUAGAAUAUCAGUAGAUGAGAAAAAUAAUCACUGUAAUGUUAUUAAAUAAGCUAAUAAAUAUCAUUCUUGCCUGAAUACACUUAUACACUUAUACAGCAUAGCUCCUUCACAGAAUCAUCCUGGACAUGGUUCCUUCAUCAGCAGGCUACACACUUUCCUGUAAGCCCCUACUCCUCUCCGCUCCUCGGGUUCCAGGCUCUCAGUGAUCAGAAGGUGCAGUGUGUGUGUGUUUCCAGCCUCAUCCUCACGAUGGCGACGUUCUACCGUGACUUCACCAGUGGACUUUGUUCUCCAGGUCGUGUCUCAACAGAGCAAAGCAGCAGGAAGUGUCACCUCAUUCGUCAUGUCUUUCACAACACAGCGUAACAGCACCGGGUCUGGAGGAGCUGACACUUUCAGCUGAACUUUACACACACACACACACACACACACACACACACAGUGCAGAGAGAGAGAGAGAGACACACACAGAGAGAGAGAGGAUCAGUAUGGAGUGUGUGGGGGCGGUGGUGAUUCCUGCGCUGCAGUUCUUCUUCAUGGCGCUGCUGCUGCUCCUCAUGCUGCCGGCCAUGUUCGGCCUCUCGCUCGGCAUCACUGAGACCUACAUGAAGAUCCUCAUCAAAACACUGGAGUGGGCAACACUGAAGAUUCAGAAGAGCAACAGAGAGCAGGAGAUGCUGAAACACUCUACAUCAUCCGGUCUGAUCCAGCGUGAUGACUCGUCGUUGGAGAAGGAGCUGGAGGAGCUGCGUCGCACUAGGCCGCGGUCCGGGGUGGGCGGGGCCUUUGCGUUCAGUGACGUGUUCUACUUCAGUAAGAAGGGGAUCGAGAGCAUCGUGGAGGACGAGGUGACUCAGAGGUUCAGCUCCGAGGAACUCGUGUCCUGGAACCUGCUCACGAGAACCAACAACAACUUCCAAUACAUCUCACUGCGCCUCACUGUCCUGUGGGGGGUCGGGGUGAUCAUCCGCUACGGCAUCCUGCUGCCCCUCAGGAUCAUGUUAGCGUGUAUCGGUCUCAGCUGGUUGGUGAUUGGCACCACAAUUGUGGGAUUUCUCCCAAACUGCAGGAUAAAGGACUGGCUCAGUGAACUCGUACACAUCAUGUGUUACCGCAUCUGUGCUCGAGGCCUUUCAGCCACCAUCCACUACCACAACAGAGAGAACAAGCCGAGGAAAGGAGGAAUCUGUGUAGCCAAUCACACGUCUCCCAUCGAUGUGGUGAUUCUGGCCAAUGAUGGAGGAUACGCCAUGGUAGGGCAGGUCCAUGGCGGAUUGAUGGGCGUGGUACAGCGGGCGAUGGUUCGAGCAUGUCCACACAUCUGGUUUGAGAGAGCGGAGAUGAAAGAUCGCCACCUGGUGACGCAGAGACUGAGGGAUCACGUGAACGACAAGAACAAACUCCCCAUCCUCAUUUUCCCCGAGGGAACCUGCAUCAAUAACACGUCUGUCAUGAUGUUCAAGAAGGGGAGUUUCGAAAUCGGAGGCACCAUCUACCCUGUAGCCAUAAAGUAUGACCCACGGUUCGGUGAUGCGUUCUGGAACAGUGGGAAGUACAGCAUGGUGAAUUACCUGCUGAGGAUGAUGACGAGCUGGGCCAUCGUCUGUAAUGUCUGGUACCUCCCACCCGUGACCCAGCAGGAAGGAGAGGACGCUGUGAAGUUUGCUAAUAGAGUGAAGGCUUUGAUUGCAAGACAAGGAGGACUGGUGGACUUGUCCUGGGACGGUGGUCUUAAGCGAGCCAAAGUGAAGGACUCAUUUAAGCAGGAGCAGCAGAAGAUGUACAGCAGUAUGGUGGUCGGAGACGACAGCAGCGACUGAACACUAAAAUCAGCCAAUCACAGACCUCCAAAACACCAGACCCUCCAAUCAGACCCUCAGACUCUUGUCUAACAUUAGACCCCUAAUAAAGACACAUCCGAGAACUGCAUGCAGGCGGCCAUGUUGGAUGCAGUGUGAAUGUCAUGCACUAUAUCAGAGUUCUCCCUGUGCAGAAUUUCUUCUCAGUGAAACAUGAUGAACUGGACGUUACGAUGUUUAUGUGGAAAUGUUCAGUCAGCUCCAGCAUGGAGGAGAUGGACUGUCCUGCACUGAUGGUGCUUCUCACUACAUCGACGUCUUCGUCCAGAAUUAUUUAUACCAAAUGAAUUAUAUGUAAUAACUGUAAUAUAUCACUAACAAAUAAGAACCUUCUUCCAGAAGCAGUGAUCAGAUCAGACAUUCCCAAUGCUGAACGUUUAACCUGCAACAUCACAGAAACAGAUUAAAGAUUAAAGAGGUGUGUGGUUUGUAAUGGUAGUUGUAGUGGACACCAUUAGAAUUUCUAUGAUGGUUUCUAUUGUUCUUUUUUUCAGCAUAUUUCAAUAUUUUGCAUAAAUAAUUGAAAUAUUACUAAUGUAUUCAUCAUUUAAAUGUUCUAAUUAAAUAAUAUUAUUUUA